UUUUUUGAUCAAUUGAUUUUCAAAGCAAGAGAAUUUGACGCAAAGUAUAUUUUCGGCAAACUUUCGUGCUCCAAACAACAUUAAAAGCGAUUAAAAAAGAAAGAAGUAAUAAGAAAUUAAAGAAAACUGUAGUAGUUUUAUAUCAAAUUGUUGAAAAAAAAAAUAAAUCCAUAAAAUGUCUGAGUAUUGGCUUAUCUCGGCUCCUGGCGAUAAAACUUGCCAGCAAACCUUCGACACGAUGAACAAUCUAACUAGUAAGCAGAACAACUUAUGCAACAAUUAUAAAUUUCAUAUACCUGAUUUAAAGGUUGGUACCCUAGACCAGUUGGUAGGCUUGUCCGAUGAUUUGGGUAAACUUGAUACAUACGUCGAGCAAAUUACUCGGAAAGUUGCCGCUUAUCUUGGUGAAGUUCUUGAAGAUCAAAGAGAUAAACUACAUGAAAAUUUAUUGGCGAACAAUACGGAUUUAUCAAUAUAUCUUAUCCGUUUCCAAUGGGAUAUGGCUAAGUAUCCAAUUAAGCAAUCGUUACGUAAUAUAGCCGAUAUUAUAUCGAAACAAAUCGGGCAAAUCGAUGGCGAUUUGAAAACGAAAGCAACAGCUUAUAAUAAUUUGAAGGGAAACUUACAAAACCUGGAGAAAAAGCAAACAGGUAGUCUGUUGACUCGUAAUCUAGCUGAUUUGGUUAAAAAAGAUCAUUUCAUAUUGGAUUCUGAAUAUUUGACUACUUUGUUAGUGAUUGUGCCAAAAAUCCAUUGUCAGGAAUGGAUUGCUAAUUAUGAAAAAAUCACCGACAUGAUAGUUCCACGCUCGUCCACACUAAUCACUCAGGAUAAUGAUUAUUGUUUAUACAAUGUUACUCUGUUUAAGAAAGUCACUGAAGAGUUUAAAUUGCAUGCACGUGAAAAAAAAUUUAUCGUACGUGAUUUCGUUUAUAAUGAAGAAGAGUUGACAGCCGGUAAAAACGAAAUUACAAAACUGAUUACCGAUAAGAAAAAACAGUUUGGCCCUUUGGUUAGGUGGUUGAAGGUGAAUUUCAGUGAAGCUUUCUGUGCUUUAAUACAUGUGAAAGCCUUACGCGUCUUUGUUGAAUCGGUUUUAAGAUAUGGUUUGCCAGUCAAUUUCCAAGCUAUACUCAUUCAACCUCAUAAAAAGAGUAUUAAACGUUUGCGUGAAUGUUUGAACCAAUUGUAUGGACAUUUGGACGGUUCUUCCGCUGGUGCCCAAGCCAGCGGUAUUGAUAAUGUCGAUAUACCUGGCCUGGGUUUGGGUCAUGCUGAAUAUUACCCUUAUGUAUCCUAUAAAAUCAAUGUAGACAUGAUCGAUUCGGGUAAAAUGUAAAGUACGAAAAUUUACAAAAAAUUAUUGUUUGAGUUUCCGACUAAAAUAAAAAAAAUUAUUAAAAGUAAAUGUUAGAUACAUGUACGUAUAUUUAUGUUGUGUACUGCAAAUCUAUAUAGCACAACAAAUUUUAAUUUCUAAGUAAAAAUCCAAUAAAGAGCAGUUUAUUAUUUGUUUUUUUUUUUUUUUUUUUUUUUUUUUUUUAAAAUCGGUAGCGCACUUAAUUAAAAAAGUAAAACUUAUGUUUAAGUCAAUUUUGCGAUUUGAUUAUUCAUUCAGUUCAGUGAUAUUAUUGAUUCCCCCGGCUCUAUAUAUUCACAUUUUAGCCAUAAAACUCCUUUAUAGAGUUUAUAAACUGCGUUAAGUUAUAUAUAUAUUUGUAAAGUUUCAUUGAAAAGUUAAAAAAAAGAUAAUAGAAAAAACGUAUAAAGUUGAAAGUGUAUAAAAAUCAGAGAAUAACCGUGCCCUUCCUUUUUAUUUAACGUUCCGCUAACAGUAUUUAGAAGAUAAGUAUAAGCGCACCAUAUAACAACAAUGCUUUAUAUACGGGUAUACACUUCACACAUCAGAACAAUUGAUGUCUAAAUUUAAAAAAAAAUUUUGUAUAUAAGAACAAAAAAAUGCCCGAAAAGCUCAAACUUAAACUUAUAAAUCAAUACGUUCAACAUACCAAAAAAACGUUAAAGUUUCAUUUUAAAGGAUGUAUUGCGUUGAAACAAUAAAAUCAGAAAUGUUGUUAUCUGGUUAAAUAAAUUACUUAUAAAGUAAUAUUCGAGGAAAAGUUCACUCAACAAUAGCCUAAUAGCUUCACGAUUGCUUAACAUUCAGAGAAAAAAAAA